AUGGGUAACGCUUGUGAAUGCCAGAAGGCGGAUACUGUUCAAGAGGAGUCGCCGGCUGCUCCAGUUUUGACGAAAGUGACCAAGGGGAAGGGAACUACCGGUAGUUCCUCGUCCGGUCAGAAGACAUCAGGAACCAAGGCCGCCUCCUCCAACUCCUCAACGGUCGUCCCUCAAUUGACCGAAGAUGAUUUGGAUACCGAAGACGAAAAAGAUGAUGAUGUCGUAGAAGACAUGCCACAGCCUAGCGAGGCAUACAUGUCACGCGCCAAGAAUCGCCAGUCGGUCAGCGCAGAGGCGUACGGCGAAUGGAAUAAGCGCAAGAAGUUCGUGGCGCCGGUGUACCCCAAGACGGCGGAGCAGAAGGAGCGCAUCACCAAGGUUAUUGAAAGUUCUUUUCUUUUCAGCUCGCUGGACAUUGAAGAUUUGGAGAUUGUGAUCAACGCGUUUCAAGAGGUUUCUGUCAAGAAAGGGACUGUGAUCAUCCGCCAAGGGGACGACGGAGACCGCUUGUACCUAAUUGAAACAGGAGAAGUGGACGUGAUGAAGAAAUUUCCGGGAGAGAAGGAGAACAAAUUCCUGUGCAAAAUGCGCCCCGGCGAUGCCUUUGGAGAACUCGCUCUCAUGUACAACGCCCCUCGCGCUGCCACCGUCAUCGCCGCCGACGACAUGCUGCUGUGGGCUCUCGAUCGUGACUCCUUCACCAACAUUGUACGAGAUGCAGCAGCCAAAAAGCGAGAAGUCUUUGAAGAAUCCCUCAAAGAGGUUCGGAUCUUGGAAGACAUGGAUCCGUACGAGCGGUCGAAGCUGUCGGACGCUCUACGCACGGCGACGUACGAAGACGGGGACGUGAUCAUUAAGGAGGGGGAGACAGGAGACACUUUCUACAUUUUGUUGGAGGGGACGGCAGAGGCGAUCAAGAACGACAAAGUGGUGAUGGAGUACAAGAAGGGAGGCUUCUUCGGAGAACUUGCGCUGCUGAAGGAUCAGCCGCGGGCUGCGACGGUCGUCGCGAAGAGCCACGUUCAGGUCGCCUACAUGGACCGAAAGAGCUUCAAGCGCCUCCUUGGUCCUGUGGAACAAAUCUUGAUGAGGAACCAAGACAACUACCGCAAGGCCAUGGAACAACUUGGCCUCGACACCAAAUACCUCGACAAAUAA